GCCUGCUGACAUCUUUUGUUGCGACGUGUCAACAGCGGAGAAGACAGAAAAUUCCAAAAUUUUCACAAGAAGGCGAGCGGUGCAGCGAACCGGAAAAUUACGGAAAAAUCCCUGCGAAACAACCCCCGGACGGUGCUAAAAGUUUAACAAGUGCGUCGUAGCUCGCGUUCGUCCGCUCUCCCGAGGAAGGUGAAACCAUGUUGACCAACUUUGAGACGAAAUCGGCCCGGGUGAAGGGACUUUCGUUUCACCCGAAGCGGCCAUGGAUUUUGGCCAGUUUGCACAGUGGCGUGAUUCAGCUGUGGGACUACCGCAUUAGUACGCUGAUUGAGAAGUUUGACGAGCAUGACGGGCCGGUCCGUGGCAUUUCGUUCCACGCCCAGCAGCCGCUGUUUGUGUCCGGCGGAGAUGACUUCAAGAUUAAGGUGUGGAAUUAUAAGCAGCGUCGGUGCAUCUUUACGCUGCUGGGGCAUUUGGAUUACGUGCGGACGACGGUGUUCCACCAUGAGUAUCCGUGGAUUUUGAGUGCGUCGGAUGACCAGACGAUCCGGAUCUGGAACUGGCAGUCGCGAUCCUGCAUUUGCGUGCUGACCGGGCACAAUCAUUACGUGAUGUGUGCGCAGUUCCACCCGACGGACGAUAUUAUUGUGUCGGCGUCGUUGGACCAGACGGUGCGGAUUUGGGACAUUUCCGGGUUGCGCAAGAAGAACGUUGCGCCGGGACCUUCGGGGUUGGAUGAUCAUUUGAAGAACCCGACGGCGACGGAUCUGUUUGGCCAGGCGGAUGCGGUGGUUAAGCAUGUGUUGGAGGGACACGACCGUGGAGUUAACUGGGCUCACUUCCAUCCGACGUUGCCGUUAAUUGUGUCCGGCGCGGACGAUCGGCAGAUUAAGCUGUGGCGCAUGAACGAGUACAAGGCCUGGGAGGUGGACACUUGCCGGGGACAUUACAACAACGUUUCGUGCGUGCUGUUCCACCCGCGGGCGGAGCUGAUUGUGUCCAACAGUGAGGACAAGAGCAUCCGGGUUUGGGACAUGACCAAGCGGCAGUGCAUUCACACGUUCCGACGUGAGCACGAGCGGUUCUGGAUCAUGGCGGCGCAUCCCAACUUGAACCUGUUUGCCGCUGGUCACGACUCUGGUAUGAUCGUGUUCAAGCUGGAACGCGAGCGACCGGCUUAUGCUGUCUAUGGAAACUGUUUGUACUACGUGAAGGAGCGAUUCCUGCGCGAGUUGGACUUUAACACCACCACCGAUUCCGUCGUGAUGACCAUCCGAGGCGGUGGCAAGACCCCGGUCUACAGCAUGUCGUACAACCCGGCAUUGAACGCCGUUUUGCUGUGCACCAGAACUUCAAACCUGGAAAACAGCACCUACGACUUGUACAGCAUUCCACAGAAAGACAGCGGUUCGCAGAACUCCGAAACCGACAGCAAGCGCUCGUCGGGAGUUACGGCCGUUUGGGUUGCUCGCAACCGAUUCGCCGUACUCGAUCGCUCCAACCAACUGGUCAUCAAGAACUUCAAAAACGAGGUGACCAAAAAGAUCCAAACCCCAGUCUGCGACGAGAUCUUCUACGCCGGAACGGGAAUGCUGCUUCUACGCGAACCCGAACACGUCACCCUGUUUGACGUGCAACAGCUCCGAACCCUUGCCCAGGUCAAGAUCGCCAAGUGCAAGUACGUCGUCUGGUCGGCGGACAUGAGCCACGUGGCGCUACUCGCGAAGCACACGCUCAACAUCUGCAACCGCCGGCUGGACCUGCUCUGCUCGAUCCACGAAAGCGCCCGCAUCAAGAGCGGUGCCUGGGACGACUCGGGCGUGUUUAUCUACACGACCUCGAACCACAUCAAGUACGCCAUCAUCAACGGCGAUCACGGAAUCAUCCGAACGCUGGAUCUCCCGAUUUACAUCACGCGCGUCAAGAACAGCCAGGUGUUCUGUUUGGACCGGGAGUGCCGCACUCGGGUGUUGAACAUCGACACCACCGAGUACAAGUUCAAGCUGGCACUGAUCAAUCGCAAAUAUGAGGAAGUUCUGCACAUGGUUCGCAACGCACGGCUCGUUGGCCAGAGCAUCAUCGCGUAUCUGCAGCAGAAGGGCUACCCGGAAGUCGCGCUGCACUUUGUCAAGGACGAAAAGACCCGGUUUGGGUUGGCGCUGGAGUGCGGCAACAUUGAGGUUGCGCUGGAAGCGGCGAAGGCCCUUGAUGACAAGCAGUGCUGGGAGCGAUUGGCGCAGACCGCACUGAUGCAGGGCAACCACCAGGUCGUCGAGAUGUGCUACCAGCGCACCAAGAACUUUGACAAGCUGUCGUUCCUGUACCUCAUCACGGGCAACCUGGAGAAGCUGAAGAAGAUGAACAAGAUCGCCGAGAUCCGGAAGGACGUGUCCGCUCAGUAUCAGGGUGCGUUGCUGCUCGGCGAUGUCAAGGAGCGCGUGUCGAUUCUGAAGAACUGCAACCAGACGUCGCUGGCUUACUUGACGGCCAAGACGCACGGGCUGGAGGAGGACGCGACUGCGCUGGCCGAAACGAUCACCGCAGCCGGUAAGGACCUGCCUCAGGUUCAGGAGGAUGCAAAGUUCCUGCACCCACCGGUCCCGAUCCAGCAGGCCGAAAGCAACUGGCCGCUGUUGACGGUAUCGAAGGGAUUCUUCGAGGGCACGAUGAUGUCUCGUGGGGCUGCCACCGUUCACCAGGCGCUGGCCGCAACGGAAACCGUCGUCGAAGCUGCCGACGAAGGCGGUUGGGAUGUGGACGAUGAUCUGCGCGACGACGACAGGUUCGAGGACGCCAAGGACGACGAUGAUCCGAAGGCCGAAGGCGGCGAAGGAGCAGGAUGGGAUGUUGGUGAUGAAGACCUGGAAUUGCCCGAGGAAUUGGUGGCGAAGAUUUCCGCCAGCACCGCCGGAGACAAAGGCUUCUACGCCGUACCUCCGAGAGGACUUCCACCAUCGCACAUGUGGACCAUCAACUCCCAACUCGCAGCGGAUCACGUCCGUGCAGGAUCGUUCGAAACGGCCUUCCGCCUGCUCCACGAUCAAAUCGGCGUCGUCAACUUCGCACCCUACAAGGAACUCUUCCUCGAGUCCCAUCUCGGCUCGAAGACCUCCUACACUUGCCUACCCAACCUGGGUCCCCUCACGGCCCAUCCCCAUCGCAACUGGAAGGAACUGAACGUCAAGAACACCCAUCCAACGCUCGCAUUCAAGCUGAACGACCUGGUCCAAGCUCUCCAAUCCUGCUACCAACUCACAACAACCGGCAAAUUCACCGAAGCCAUCGAGAAGCUCCAGUACAUCAUCCUCUGCAUCCCCCUGCUCGUCGUCGAAUCCCGCCAGGAAAUCGCCGAAGCCCAACAACUCCUUACCAUCUGCCGCGAGUACGUCGUCGGUCUCCAAAUGGAAACCAUCCGCAAGGGCCUCCCCAAAAACACCCUCGACGAACAGAAGCGAAUCUGCGAACUGGCCGCCUACUUCACCCACGUCAACCUCCAGCCCGUCCACCAGAUCCUCACCCUCCGCACCGCCCUCAACCUCUUCUUCAAGCUUAAAAACUACAAAACCGCCGCCUCCUUCGCCCGACGCCUCCUCGAACUCGGUCCCCGCCCCGAAGUGGCCCAACAGGCCCGCAAGAUCCUCCAGGCGUGCGAAAUGAACGAGUCCGACGAGCACACGCUCCAGUACGACGAACACAACCCGUUCACGCUCUGCGCCGUCUCGUACCGACCGAUCUACCGCGGCAAACCCGAGGAAAAGUGCUCGCUCUGUUCCGCGUCCUACCUGCCACCGUACAAGGGCGUCACCUGUGCCGUGUGCCGGGUGGCCGAGGUCGGCAAGGACGUGAUUGGGCUGCGCAUCAGCGCGUCCCAGUUCAAGUAGGAUCCGGCCGCGUGGAAGUUCUUUCUUCGACUAGCAGAUACGCAAUUUAAUGUACGAGUUUAAAAACUUUUUAUUAAAUAUAAUAUUAUACUGAUAAUAUAUAUUAUAUAUUCUACACAUACAAGAAACAAAAAAAAACACAUACACUUCUAUUCCAGUAUAAAAAAUAUAUAUAAAUCCACGCGCUCGCUCGCGAACCGUUUCCAAUUGUGGCUGAGAUGAUGAUAAACGUGAAAGAAGUAGGGAUAACUGUAAGAAAAAUAAAACUGAUUAAAAAUCAAUAAACACUUGCUAAAACGUAU